UAGUCGUGUGCGGUUGAACAUAGUUGAAAGGCAGACGCUUCCCUUUGGGAACGUUCUCUAUGUAUAUACGGUAAAUUGUGUACUCCCCUCGACACGACCGAAUCAUAAGUUUAUAAAUCUUAACUCGCUAAUAAAUCAUAUGAGUUUAUGAUCCUCCGUGUUAACGUGCAAGCGCGACCCUAUGAACCAUACCGAUGCGUAUUUCCUCUGCGGUGUUGCGUGAGUUGGCUAUUCCACGAGAAGAACCUAAGCUCUCGACGCUUUAUUAUUCGUAUAGAGAGACGUCCUUUUAACAUGGUCACCGAAGAAGCGGAUCUAAUUACUGUGCAGAAGCCAGAGAAGAAAUCUUUAUUGGAAAAGUAUGAAAUACCUUUGGACAAUUUAUCGUACGAAUAUAUCACAGGAUGUACAAAUGGCAAGACCUUGGAACGUAUCGUUAUAAUACUCAGAUCCGGAGAGGAGGGUAUCUAUCCAGAUUUAACGAGACAUGCAGAAGAACGUUUGGCGAUAAUAAAACCGAACAGUAUAGUCUUAAGAAAAACUGUACCAGUUCUUACCCGUAAAAUGUUGCUACCAGACGAAUGCAAGGAACUUGAUAAUGAUAUUAACGAUUGGACUCGUGAAAUGCAUUCUCGAGAGAAGGAUUUGAACGAUGGAAAAGCCACUCUCAUAGACGAUCCUUUACUUAUCCCAGAAAUUAGACAUGCCGAAGAGAUUUCUACGAUGAAAAAAGAUACCAGAGAGAAACGUGAGACCGAUCGAAAAUCCAAACGAAUAGCUUCUUGCGAUUAUGCUGCUUGGGACAAAUACGAUGUUGACACUGAAAUAAAUAGGAUAGAUUUGCAAGAAGAGAGAAAACAAAUUGAAGCUAAAGAGAUCCAACGAAGACAGAAAGAUAUGGAAAAGAAAAGGAAAGAAAAUUCAAAAGAAAUCAUUCUCAACAAAUCUUCGUUUACUGGUACAGAAAUAGACGUAAUUGCUGAACAAGAAAGAAAAAAGGGAAACGAAGCUUUCAGAAUUGGUGAUUAUACCGAUGCACUACGAUUUUAUGACUCCAGUAUCGCGAUAAAUUCAUGCCCAAUCGCUUAUAAUAAUCGAGCUAUGACACUCAUUAAGUUACAGCGUUACGAAGAUGCACUCAAUGAUUGCAAUAUUGUGCUUUCUGAGGAUGACCACAAUAUUAAAGCACUUCUUCGACGUGCAUUAUGUUUCGAAAAUCUGAAAAAAAAACAAAAAGCUCUAACCGAUUACGAGACAGUCUUGAAGCUAGAACCGACAAACAAGACAGCCAUUGCUGGAAUCAAUAAAUUAAGAAAACCUUGCGAAUCUAAAAGAGUGAGAAUGAAAAUCGAAGAAGAAACAUCUUCGAAUGAAAUUGCAAAGAUCAUCGGAGGUGAAGGUGAUACUGAAAAAAUAAAUAUCCUUAAAAAGUGUCUUUCAAAGUCAUCUAAUAAGAAAAUUGAAAAUAUUAUUGAAAAUAAUAUAUGUGUUUGUGAGAGAGGACCAGGACCGUCUCAUAGUAACAAACCUUUACCACAUAUCAAAGAAAAUUAUUGUCUUCGAAAUGAAAGUAAACAAAUAUUAUCAAAUUGCAAUGAAAUUAAUCUUGGGCUAGCAAAUAUUAAUUUAUCUUCUUCGAACAAUACUGUGUCCAACGAACUAACUUCCAUUUUAAUUGGCCAAGAAUCGAAAUCUAUAAAACAUAAUAAACAAAAAUCAAUUUUUUCUUGUAAAACGAGAAAUACUUCUGGAGUCGUCAUCGAGGAGAUCCCGAAUGAUCAAUCAUAUACGAAAGAACAUAAAUCUGUCGUUAAGAAGGAUAAUGAAGAAAUAAAAAAUAAUCAUAAUACAGCAAAUAAAAACAAAUCUAAUUUAUUAGAGAAAAAUAUCGAAGUUGAAAAAAAAUGCAACGAUGAUCAAACGUGUCGAAAGAAAAACGAAAUUUUUAUGAAUUUGGAGAAUAUUUCGAGCCCGUAUGAAUUUCUUCGUGCAUGGCAAUCUUUAAAAGAUGAUAAUGAUUUAGAAGUACACGCUCGACUUUUACGAGCUUUAAAAUUCGAAAAUCUCGAUACAGUUAUAGGUAAUAAACUUGAUGGAAAUAUGUUCAGUUUGAUAUUACGUUGUUUAGAACAACAUUUUCGUAAAUCCGAAGAUUGUGAACUACUUGUUCGUUAUUUAAAAUCAAUUAGUCAAUUAAGUCGAUUUUCUAUUGUAAAAAUGUUUAUGGAUAAUAAUGAUAAGAAAGUUUUAUCAAAUAUAUUCCAAUUUUUAGAGGAUCAAGGAUGUAAGGAAGUAUCGGUCUUACGUGAAGUUUAUGUCUAAAACUAUGUAAAUCAUAUUUAAUAUUAAAUUAAAUUUAACAUUUUAAAAUUGAUAAAGAAA